AUGGACAACCGGAAGCCCAGCCCCCUAAUGGAGACCUUUGGGGCCUGGAAGAAACGAAGCUGGUAUCUUACCUGGAAGUAUAAACUGAGAAACCAGUGGGCCCUGCGGAGAUUCUUUAAGAUAGGGGCCAUGCUUUUCUUGCUGGUGACUGUCAUUGUCAACAUUAAGUUGAUGCUGGACAUUUGGCGAGCAAUCAGCGAAGCCAGUGAACACCUGGAGCCAGAGCAAGGCCAUGAUGAGGCCCUAGGCCACCUAGAGACCCCAUGGCAAAGAGGCAAUGGUUCCCGGCGGGUCCUGUAUUUGGAAGUGUACUCGAGCCGCAGCAAAGUAUAUGUGGCAGUGAAUGGUACCAUGGUGCUGGAGAAUGAGGCCCAGAAGCAGGGUCGAGGCAUCCAUGUCAUUGUCCUCAACCAGGCCACGGGCCUGGUGAUGGCGAAGCGGGUGUUUGACACAUACUUACCUCAUGAGGAUGAGGCCAUGGUGUCGUUCCUCAAAAUGGUGGCACCCGGACGAGUGCUCAUCUGUACUGUCAAGGAUGAGGCGUCCUUCCACCUCAAGGACAUGGCCAAGGCUCUGCUAAGGAGCCUGGGCAGCCAGGCUGGCCCUGCCCUGGGCUGGAGGGACACCUGGGCCUUCGUGGUACAAAAAGGAGGUCCUGUCCUUGCGGAGAAGAAUUUUAAGUCACCUGCCAUCUCUUCCUGGGGGAACCCAGUCCUGCUGAAGUUAGAAGUGCUACUGACCUCAGCUGAAUAUGCACAGUGCCACUGGGCAGACACAGAACUGAACCGUCGCCGCUGGAGCUUCUGCAGCAAAUUUGAGGGCUAUGGGAGUGUGUGUAGCUGCAAGAACCCCACGCCUAUCGUGUUCAGCCCUGACCCACUUCCAGACAACAAGGUCCUCAAUGUGCCUGUGGCUGUCAUGGCAGGGAACCGACCCAGUUACUUGUACAGGAUGCUGCGCUCACUGCUGUCAGCCCAGGGGGUGUCUCCCCAGAUGAUAACAGUUUUCAUUGAUGGCUACUAUGAGGAACCCAUGAAUGUGGUGGCGCUGUUCGGUCUGAGGGGCAUCCAGCACACUCCCGUCAGCAUUAAGAAUGCUCGUGUAUCUCAGCAUUACAAGGCCAGCCUCACUGCCACAUUCAACCUGUUUCCGGAGGCUAAGUUUGCUGUGGUUUUGGAAGAGGACCUGGACAUUGCUGUGGAUUUUUUCAGUUUCCUCAGCCAAUCUAUCCACCUGUUAGAAGAGGAUGACAGCGUGUACUGCAUUUCUGCCUGGAAUGACCAGGGUUAUGAACACACAGCUGAGGACCCAGCACUACUAUACCGUGUGGAGACCAUGCCUGGGCUGGGCUGGGUGCUCAGGAAAUCCUUAUAUAAGGAGGAGCUUGAGCCCAAGUGGCCCACAGCGGAAAAGCUCUGGGACUGGGACAUGUGGAUGAGAAUGCCAGAACAACGCAGGGGCCGAGAGUGCAUCAUCCCUGAUGUUUCCCGAUCCUACCACUUUGGCAUUGUCGGCCUCAACAUGAACCACCACUUCCAUGAGACCUACUUUAAGAAGCACAAGUUCAACACAGUUCCAGGUGUUCAGCUCAGGAACGUGGACAGUCUGAAAAAAGAAGCUUACGAAGUGGAAAUUCACAGGCUGCUCAGUGAGGCUGAGGUUCUGGACCACAGCAGGAACCCUUGUGAAGACUCUUUCCUGCCAGACACGGAGGGCCACACCUAUGUGGCCUUUAUCCAGAUGGAGAAAGAUGACUUCACCACCUGGAUCCAGCUUGCCAAGUGCCUCCAUAUCUGGGACCUGGAUGUGCGUGGCAACCACCGGGGCCUGUGGAGAUUGUUUCGGAAGAGAAACCACUUCCUGGUGGUAGGGGUCCCAGCCUCCCCCUACUCAGUGAAGAAGCCACCAUCAGUUACCCCAAUUUUCCUGUAGCCACCCCCAAAGAAGGAGGGAGCCCCAGGAGCUGCAGAACAGACAUGAGACCUCCUCCAAGACCCUGCAGGAGGAGGGUCCCUUCAGGUCACUCCAUCCUGUAGGA